UGUAUUAUUACUCGCUCUCCCUUGCGUUGGCUAUUUUCGCUACUCUGUCGCUUCGCCCUCUUCUUCUUCUUUAAUUAGGGUUUUUCAUAUAUUCUUCAUGGAGGUCUGUGAGGAGAAAUCCAAAUCCUCCUCAAUGGCGGAAGCGUUCAGCAAGGACUUCGCCGAGUUGAGGCCAUCGGAGGAGAAGUCGUCGCCGGAUUCGUGCAGCGGGUCGGAGGGGAGCGGCGGCUGGGAGAGGGAGCAAGAGGAAGUCGGCGCCGGCUCUCUGAGGACUACGAAAUCGUCGGAGGGGAAUGGCUGGGCGGCGAAGAAUAUGAAGAAGAGGGGGGAGGGGAACGGCGGCGGCGGCCGCCAGCAGUUCCCGCAGCGGCCCGACGAGCCAGACUGCGAGUACUACGUGAAGACCGGAACCUGCUGGUACGGCAUGAGCUGCAAGUUCAAUCACCCCCCCAAGAAGAAGGAAUAUAAGAUGAAGGGUCAGCUUGGCGACAUUGUAACCUUUGGUUCCCAAGCGUUCUCGACGCCCAAGAAAUUCCCGGCGCCUAAUCAGGAUCCCAAAGAAGAGACAAGAGAGACUCUUCCCAGCAGGGUGACAGAGACAGAAUGCAAGAAGGUUGAUGAACAAGGACAAGAUGAUCCGUCAGAAGGUGGUACACAGUUACACCAUGAGAAGGCAAUUGAAGAGAAGCAAAAUGAAAAGGUGGAGCGAAAAGAAACUAAGUAUGAAAAGGUGGAGCGACAAGAAAGUGAGAAUGAAAAGGUGGCCCAAAAAGGAACCGAGUAUGACAAGGUGGAGGAAAACGAAAGUGAGAACGAAAAGGUGGAGCAAAACGAAAGUGAGAACGAAAAGGUGGAGCAAAAAGAAACUGAGAAUGAAAAAGUGGAGCAAGAAGAAACUGAGAAUGAAAAUGUGGAGCAAGAAGAAAUUGAGAAUGAAAAGGUGGAGCAAGAAGAAACUGAGUAUGAAAAGGUGGAGCAAAAAGAAACUGAGAAUGAGAAGGUGGAGCAAAAGGAAACUGAGAAGCCUGCUCAAGAAAAGGUAAAGGAAACUAUUGUAGAAAGUGGUGGGCGGAAAGAAUGCAAGUUCUAUUCCAUGCCAGGAGGAUGUAAAUAUGGAGGAUCGUGCAGGUACGCUCAUUAUCUAGGAAAAUCAGAUGUUGGUUCAGUGGAGCUAAACUUUUUGGGACUCCCAAUUCGACCAGGUGAGAGGCAAUGCUCGUUUUAUAUGCGCACUGGAAACUGCAAAUACUCUGCAAAUUGCAAGUUUCAUCAUCCUGAUCCGACAGCUGAUAGCGGGCGAGAUCCUACUGGAUAUUCCAAUGGUGAAGCCCGAAAGCAAAACACCUCAGGAACAUCUCAAGUGCCCAUAUCACCGUGGCCUGAACCAAGAACAAUGAAUGAAGCAAUUCAUUUCCUAGAUGCAUCACCAUCUUACAUACCAGGAAUGAUUCUACCUCAAGUAGUUCAUCCGCAUCAAGAUUGGAAUGGAUACCGGGUUCCAGUUUUGCCUCCGGAAAUGCAUGUGCAAAGUAUUUCAGCUUCAGCUAUGAGCCAUGCUUCCAUUAAAUCAGAUAUUCCUGUCCAUCAACAAGCACCAAUAAAUGAGUAUCCUGAGAGGCCAGGCCAGCCGGAGUGUCAAUAUUUCAUGAAAAGUGGUACUUGUAAGUUCAAGUCAAAUUGUAAGUUUCAUCAUCCUCAGGCUCGCCUUAAAUCAGCAUCAGUAGCUAUCCUCAAUCCAAUCGGCCUGCCUCUUAACCCUGGCAUUCCAGUGUGCUCGCACUAUACUCGCUUUGGAAUCUGCAGUUAUGGAUCGGCUUGUAAAUUUCAGCAUCCCGUCUUCUCAAUACCGCACAAUAAUACUGCAUAGGAUAAGGUCUACCACCGUUUUCAGGCUCGAGAAUCUGCAUCAAUGCUUACGAGUCCUUCAUACAAUAACAAUAAUAAAUGGCCGUGCUUGCAGGGAAAAAAGACUUCUCUCCUUUUUUUUUUUCUUUUUUUUUUUUUCGACUUCUGUUUUUGGGGGAUAUGGGUUCCAGUAAAACUUUGGCGGGCUUCCUACUCAAGAACGAAAACUCUAUGAGGUGCGUCUUGGUGAGACGUGCCCCAUCCUACCAUCAGGUAGCAAUCGACUCGAAUCUCAAAGCACUGUUAAUGCUAUCCGACGGUAGGAAGGGGUGCGUCUCACUGUGACGCUCAUAAAUACAUUUACCGCUUAUGCAGUGUUGGGGAGCACCGUACUCUUAACUUAUGUCACCUGUUAAUUGUACAGUAUUUAGUUUUGUCUUAAAGCAGAAGCUGAACAUUUACCUGUCAUGAAAAAUUUUACUAUU